CGCAUAAUCAACAGUAGACCAGAAAUACGUCCAGGACAAAUCGCUUUCAAGAAGGGGUACAUCUUAAGUCAAACAGGGACUAUUCACUGAUAUAUAUUUUUAGAUUUAUUUAACUCAACGUCGUCGAACCAGGAUGCCUUUUCUCGGACAGGACUGGAGGUCACCGGGUCAGAGUUGGGUUAAAACCGAGGAGGGAUGGAAAAAGACAACAGCAGACGACAAAAACAACAAUGUCUCCGUGGAGAGCUUCUGCAAAGCAGAGGAAGAGGAGUGUUUCAACAAGGAGAACCUGCUGCUCUCUCUUGGCUAUGACAUGGCUGCCAAGAAGAGGAAAAAAGACCUAAUGAACAACAACACCAAAGUCCCCUAUUUCCACAGGGAAAAGUGGAUUUAUGUUCAUAAAGGAAGCACCAAGGAGCGCCACGGAUAUUGUACACUGGGAGAGGCCUUCAACCGCUUAGAUUUCUGCAGUGCCAUCAAGGACACGAGGAGGUUUAAUUACGUCGUCAGACUCCUUGAGCUUAUUGCCAAGUCCCAGCUCCCCUCGCUCAGCGGAGUGGCGCAGAAAAACUACAUGAAUAUUCUGGAGAGAGUGGUACAGAAAGUUCUUGAUGACCAGCAGAACGUUCGUCCCAUCAAGGAGCUGCUGCAGACGCUCUACAUCUCGCUGUGCGGUCUUGUUCAAGACAUGGGCAAGUCUGUCCUGGUGGGGAACAUAAACACCUGGGUGCGCCGUAUGGAGAACAUCAUGCAGUGGCAGCAGCAGCUGGACAACAUCCAGAUCAACAGGCCCACAUCUAUAGGCAUGACUCUGACUGACCUGCCUGCCAGUCUGCAGUUGAACAUCAUGCAGCGUCUGUCGGAUGGCAGGGACCUGGUGAGCCUGGGCCAAGUGUGUCCCGAGCUGGGGGCCCUCGCUGAGGACCGGCUGCUGUGGAAGAGACUCUGCCAGUACCACUUCACAGACAGACAGAUCCGAAGGCGCCUGAUGGUGUCAGAUAAAGGUCAGCUGGAGUGGAAGAAGAUGUACUUUAAGCUGAGCCGCUGCUAUCCUCGCAGAGAACAGUACAGUGACACUUUGCACUUCUGCACACACUGCCACAUCCUUUUCUGGAAGGACACAAACCAUCCUUGCACAGCCAACAACCCGGAAAGUUGCACCACAUCCCUCUCCCCCCAAGACUUUAUCAACCUUUUCAACUUUUGACACCCCCGCCUCAAAAUCCAGAUGAACUGACUGUACAUACUGUACAUAGAAAUGUACAAUAUUGUUUUUGUUUAAUAGCACAAUUAAUUCCUGGAUGUGUAUUUUGUUGUUGAGGUGUACUGGAGGAGGCUCAGGCAGGGACAAAUAUGCAAUUGAGUAUCUUUAGAAAGAGUGCAGAGGCUUCUUGGAGAGUUCAGUGUUGAAAGUUAGUGAACGUGACCGAGUGGAAAAGAGAUGUGGUUGCAGUCAGCCUGUGGGUGGAGAAGUGAAGAGCUGUUUAGUCUUAGUUUAAUGUUUUAUGAAAUUUACACCACCAAAGUACACAUGAAGUGUGGCACUGGGACGGAGCGUAAAUCUUAGAGUACCAAAGAAGAGAUAAUGCAAGUGGAAUUUGUAAUUGAUCAUUAGACUGACUGAUUGUCUGAUGUGUUGACACACCACAAUGUUUUCUAUUUUUCCAUGUUGUUUUUCCACUUUUAUAAAGAUUUGAUGACUUUUUUUUAUUAUUUGUGUGUUCAUUGUCUGCUGUGGCUGAUAUAGCACCAGCACUGAGUGCAGUAUUACCAAAGAUAUCAAAGUCAGUAUAACAAUGGUGUGUGCCUUUUUUAUUAUGAAACUUGAAAUCGGUACGGCUUAAUCCUUGUUAGCAAUGUUUUCAUAUCCCAAUGCUGUUUUGUUUUUUUCAACAAAUAUCUCAUUUACAGAAGUGUGCUGUUUUAGAUCUGAGACUCUGAUACCAAAGUUGACUGUCUGAAACAUCUUAUUUUUCUGAAGCCUCCUGCAUGGUUUUUAUUUAGACACCCAGCUGAAUGUGUUAUUUAUUUAUUGAGAUUCUGGCAAGUGGCUCAACUUGCACUAUUGGGUUUGAAGGGAUGGAUAUAUUGGUAUUAAGGUGCAAUCUGACCCAGACUCCAUCACUGCUCAGACGGUGAGGAAUGAUGUACAUGCUAUGCAAUGCAUUCUGUUUAUGUUCUGUUGAAUAAAUAAAAGAAAAGUUAUCUUUA